AGCACCUGUCAUGGCCGCUUUGUGAUUGCUGCAGUAUCACACUUAGAACGCUUCACAAGCUGGCAAAAUAUACGUAUCGUCAUGUCGAAAUCAAUGAUUGUGCGUGUGCAGUCUGCCCAGCAUGGCACCAAACGAGUAGAUACAAAGGGAUCAGAAUCUGUCGCAAUCCUACUUGAUAAGAUCCAGAAGGAAUUUCAGCUUGGGGAUACAGGAUGGAAUGUUUUUCAGAAUAGAAACAAAACUGGCAUUGUUCGCAAUUCACGAGCGAAAACUGUUGAUUCAUACAAGAUAAAACAUGGUGACAUGCUGUACUUGUUGUCGGAUGAGAAGUCACUAUCAUCAGGAGACCAGGCCGAGCCGAUGGACACUGCGAGACCACCCUCCUCCAAUUCUGUCCGUGAGGAUGAGGUUGAUGUCAUCCUAAGUAAAGAAGAUGGCAAAAUAUACAGGAAUAGAAAUGAACAGCUAUGUCAUCAUGGUCCUAAAGGGAAGUGUCUUCACUGUGUCCCUCUUGAACCUUAUGAUGAAGAAUUUCUAAAGAGCUGUGAACCACCUAUCAAGUUUUUGUCUUUCCACUCUUACAUCAGGAAGCUGACUGGAGGUGCCGACCGGGGAAAGUUUGUUAAUUUGGAAAACUUAAGUUGUAAGAUAAAAUCAGGUUGCAAGGAACAUCCCCCAUGGCCAGGAGGGAUAUGUACAAAGUGCCAGCCAAAUGCUGUUACCCUUAACAGACAGAUAUAUCGUCAUAUUGACAAUAUCAUGUUUGAGAACCCUGUUGUUGCUGACCGCUUCCUCAACUACUGGAGGAGCACGGGUAACCAGAGACUAGGCAUCCUGUACGGCAGAUACGAACCUCACAAGGAUGUCCCACUGGGCAUCAAGGCAACAGUUGCGGCUAUAUAUGAACCCCCACAACAAAGUUCCAAGAACAAGAUUGAGCUACUGCCUGAUGAGAAUGAAGCUGUUGUAAAUGAGGUUGCAGAAAAGCUGGGAGUGAUGCCAGUGGGAUGGAUAUUCUCUGAUCUUGUAGCUGAAGAUCUCACCAAGGGCACAGUUAAAAACUUCAGAGGAAACAUGGAUGCCCACUUUCUGAGCUCAGAGGAAUGCAUUAUGGCAGCAGACUUUCAAAAUAAGUUUCCAAACCCAUGUAAACUUUCCUCUAAUGGACACUUUGGGUCGAAGUUUGUCACUGUAGUAGUCACAGGUGACAACAACAACCAGAUCCACUUCGACGGCUACCAGGUUUCCAAUCAGUGCAUGGCAUUAGUGAGAGAUGACUGCCUUAUUCCCACAAAAGAUGUCCCUGAGUUGGGCUAUGUCAAAGAGUCAACGAAUGAGCAAUAUGUCCCUGAUGUCUUUUAUAAAAACAAAGAUAACUAUGGGAAUGAAGUAACUCAGCUUGCUCGCCCCCUCCCAGUGGAGUACCUCCUGGCAGACCUCCCGGCAGCCUUCCCGGUCGAGCCCCAAUACACUUUCCAGACAAACAAUGGCCUGAAACCCUUCCCUGUAGAAAACCGUGCCAACAUUGGGGAGUGUCAGGACUUCACCAGCUUAGUGAAGUACAUGGAACAGUUUCCACCUAACCGCUUCCUGGAUGCUAUGUCUGACUUUCACCUCCUGCUGUUCUUGGCAACAUCCGAUCUGCUGCCUCUCAAGGAAAGGAUGAGUGUGCUUCUCGAAGCAGUUAAGACAAGGAGUGAAGAAAAGGCUUUAGAGUUCAAGAGGAUUGAGGAAUGGGCAACUGUUGAAGAAAUGAUGUCUGCACAUGCACCGUCCCCACCGAUGUCCCGCCAGGCCUCUUAUGUUGGGCCUGGUGCAGCCCCUCUGCCACCAAUCGGCAGCACUGCUAGUUCAUGGACUUGUGAUCACUGUACAUACAUCAACAAGCCCGAACAUACAGCCUGUGAUAUCUGCUCUCUACCACGAUGAACGCCUGGCUAGGUUCCACUAGGUUUAUAUGCAGGAAGAAAGACUGUCCAGAUUUCAUGAACCCAAGUCAACACACACCUUGCUCAUGUCUUACGGUUGUGGGAAUAAGAUGGAAAUACAGUCCUCCAUGUCAAUGCAUGUUUCAUGUUCGUAUAUAACCAGACACAUUUAUGCAUAUGAAGAAGUACAGCAAGCAGAGGGUUGCACAGUGGUACUGUGUUUCCUCGUCAUGCAGAAGGCUUGGGUUUGAUUCCAUAUGGGGAUCAUGUGAAGUCCAUUCUUGUGUCCUUUGCUGUGAUAUUGCUUCAAGACUGACAAAAGACUUCACAAGACCAAAAUCACCCUGACUGACAAGAUGUGAAAGGAAUGUUACUGACUUGGGCUGAUGAGCCUUUGAUGAAUACUGUCACAUAUGUAAGAUGUAACAGAAGAAUUUGUGAUGACAUUAUAAGUGCUAUCAAUAAUGCGAGUUCAUGUAAAGAAAUAUGUCCGGCUCAUUGUGGCUGUGUGGAUGUGCUGUUAACUUGUAUAGAAUGUUUAAGAAAAAAAGAGGAAGUUUAACAUGAAAGGAGACGGUUUGUACUGUUGCAUGCUUGGUUGGAUAAUAUUAAUGCCAGUAUCACACCUGUUAUCUUGAUACAUGUAGUAAAUGUUUGGACGUGCCAGUGUUCAAAGCAUAUCUUGAAAUGCUAGGUCUUACAUCAAUAUUCAAAGCAUUUAAGUGGGGAAAAUCUUGAGAAAAAUAUAUCAUUCCUGCUGGGAAAAAUGGAAAUAAUCUUAAAACUUUGUUAGCCCUGACAGGAAAAAUGCAAAUGUUCAGAAAGUGAUGGGGUUUUUUUUCACAAUAGUGAACAAGUUCUGUUUUUCUCUCACUGAUGUAGCUCAAAGGAAAAAGAAAUAUUUACUGCUGUUAUGGCUUGGUUAGACUCCCAUUAUCUGUCUGCCCUCUAUAUAUGAUAAAAACAGUUUUGUUUAAAGUCUUGGUUUUUCCCUAUAAAGUUAGCAAGUAAGAAUGCCUUCAUGUUGUAAGGUAUUUGCUUGUCACAAAAUUAAGUCAUAAUUGAAGGCUAUAAGCUUCCAAGGCCUAUCAUAUAAAUAUAAUCUAUAAUGUUUGCAGUUCUUAUGAAUAUUUCCAUCUGAAUUGUAUUCAACACAUAUCAAGGCAUGAUACCAUUUUUAACAAAACAUUAGUCAGUAUUGGCAAGUGUACUUAUCAACAACUUAUGAGGAUGCUAAAGAUUUAAGAUCAGAGUACAAAUUUUGAUAUAUAUUUUAGCUAUUACAUCUGGGAGUACAAAUCCAAAACGAUGUUUUAUCAUUUAUUACUGGGGAGAUGACACAUAAGUAUAGGUUUCUACAUGUCAUAUAGAUGCUGCAGUGCUAAGAGACCUUGAAACCAGACUGAAUUCAUUAUACUUUAAAUAGGGAAUAAAACAUUGCAAGGUCCCUGCCCGCAGGACCCCGAUCCACAAAGCAAUUUUGAUGCUAAGGUGAUCGUUGCUCCAAUACUUUAAAAAGGGUUAUGGUAGUCAUAAUGCUAUGGUCGCUGUGGUACAGGACCCUGAUCAGAUCCAGAAGCAGCUAGUUCUAAGGGGGAUCCACAUUUUGGGAUAACAGGGAUCUAUACAUACCUGAUCACAGAUGGACAUACAUGUGGGCUCAACAUUGGCCCACCUCAUCAAAUUUGUAUUUAUGUUUUGAACUAAAAUUAAAAUGUUUUUGUGGGGUGGGUGGAAUUUGGAAUGGAGGCUAAAUAUUUUAAACAGAUUAUGCAAACUAGGCUAAAGACAGCUCUGAUCACUGUCCCUAAAAAUGGCCUGAAUAGCAAACAGUUUUCUGGAGGUGUGAACAUUCAUAUAGUUUAUUUAAUAUCUUUUUUUUUAAUUGUUCAUAUAAAUAUUCAAUUAAAAUCGAUGCUGAUAACAUUUUUCUUUCUUCUUUUUCUUUUUAUUUAACAAGAGAUACAGAGAUACUGUUUGUUUCUUCAACCAGUACUGAUUUAAGGAGGUUGCCAUCUGCAAAAUCUUGGCAGAGAGUAGAAUUUGAUGUCUUGUCCAUUACUCUGGACAGUAUGUUCUGUGUGGACUUAUGUACUAGUGGGCCCAUGGUUUCUGAACUAUAAUAGUUUGAAAUUCUGCAGUGCCUAUGGUUGUUGCAGAGUGUUUGUAGUCCAGGGAAACUGACUGGAAGUGAAUGUAACACAUUAUACACUGGUAUCAUCGAAUACCUCAGUCUUUCUGGGAGCACCUUAUUUUACAGCCUGGAGUUCUUGCUUCAUUUUAUUGCGAUCAGUUGACAUGGAAAUGAAGAAGAUGUUUCAUCUUCAGACAAAUGUCAAGGGAUAAGUAGAUAUUUGUUGGCAGGUUUAAUUUAUUGUGCAUUUAUUUCCUUGUUCAAUAAUUGCAAAUGUAUUUUAACUUUAAGCAAGCAGUAUUUGGGGCUAAAGGUGCCAAGUUUAAGACAUACAAGGGCUACUCUUUCUAAAUGUUCUAUGAGACAAGAAAUUAGGCUUGAUGAACCAAGUAUACGUAUUUGUUAAUUGAAAGCAUAAUUUAUUUUCUUGUGUGUAUAUUAUGCCUUUAUCAAAAGGCAAAGCCAUCCAUGUUAAUAAACAUCAUCACUCA